AUGGCGGAACGGAAGGCAGAGGACGGCGCGGGCGAUGCGGAGGAGAGGGAUCUGAAAGCGGCUGGGGGGGAGCGGCUUCCGGAGGGGCGGUCCGGUGUGCGGUUUAAGGGUUGGGUCAUCGAGUCCUGCAAGCGUUUUAUCCUUAACUCAGCUGAGCGUGAAGAGUACGCCAUGCCAAACCCUUAAGCUUCUUCCUGUCGACUGUGUUGGGUAGCUUGUCGUCUUUGACCUCUUUAUACAAAGCAUACCUCGGUGGCGCAGAUGUAUGCGAGUGUUUUUCCUGCCUGUCAAUGUUUUACCUGUAUAGAUGGAACUGUUUUGCUUCUCAGAAACAGAUUGUUGUAGGCUUUUUCUAGGAUUGCUGGAUCGUAGAUUUUUCGACGGGAUGGUGAUGCCAUGUUUUUCACACGAGGGAGUUCACAUGCUGUUGAAGCUCACUCGCGGGUUACUGUUUUUUUAUCUUUCGCGAAAAAUAUAAACGUUUCGUUGAAAUGGAGGGAUAAAGUUUUCACUGUUGAGUUGCUAACUGUAAGGUGAAAACAUACAUUCUUGAAGGUUUUGAUUAGUGAACACGUUAUCUAAAUUUUAUGAUAGCAUUGCGCCACAUUUGGUUUAGUUCAAUAUGCCUUCUUGAUGAAGGCCUCUGUUUUUUAUGGAGCUAUUCAGAGGGAAGAUUUAUUGCGUGUUGCAGAGCUUCUAUUUUUUUAGGGUUCCGAACCACGAUCUGUAUGAUUGAAAGUAUAUCCUGAAAGCUCGAAACGAGCAGUGUCUAAACGUGUGUAUGCUGGAAUCGCAUGCCCAAGCCAUAGGCUUGGAUAUGUGAUUUUCUCGACUAGAAUAUUUUUUAUCUUUGUCUUCACAAGGAUAAACGAUUGGGCUUAAGUAAAUUUUAGUGAGAAAGGGGAGAUGUCUACCAUUUGAAGAUCAUUUAGAGCGCAAAUGAUCUUGUGCCAUAUUGACAUAGUCUAUUGCUCUUACAUAGAGAGUUGUUCUUAGAGUCUUAGUCUGUUUUCUACUCUGAAUGAAUUUAUCCCACUAUCCAUUUUAAAUGAAAAAAGUGUUGGCACUUUGCAUGGAAGAGUCGGAAAUUAAGUUUCGGAUGUUUGCACGUUCAAGUUUACUAUUUCAAGAGGCCGUUGGAAAAAGUAGCAAGCCGUUGUAAACAUAAUUUUUUGCUCUGAGUGCUUGUAUUCUGGGACAAUGUAAAACCCUUUAUAGCAAAUAAUGAAUAAUCUUCCACAGAAUCAAAUAGACACAGCAUGCUCACAUGCUUCCAAGAGAUUUCACCAUAGUACAAGUAAGCACUCUAAGCUUGUCGUGAUCUGCUAAUUCAUAAAGGAUGGUUUGUACAUCUUUCUUUUCAUUUUACCUUAUGUUCAAGCGAGCUUAAAAUUUGAGUAUGGCUUGAUUGUGUGAAAUCUGGUUGUUAUCGUAGAAAAUCCAACUUGUAAAAGGUAUAUUAAAAGCCCAGGAGGAGGUUUCAGGAGUGGAGCAUGCGUGGGAUUUGAUUCAACCAUUGCAAAUACUAUGUGCUCUCCCGUUAACUAACCCAGGAUUUUAGAUUAGAUGACUGGAGAGAAUCAGAUUGUAUUGAGAACAUAAACUAAAGAAAAAAAUAUUAAUUUGUGAUAUAAUGCCAUCUGAACCAAACAAACGAUUAGAUGAACCUAGAAUUGUCUUGUCCAGUUAAGGUUCUACAUAUUUCUUUUUGCAGCUGAUAUUGUCAUAAGGACCAACUCCUGGAUGAUAUCAUAUAUCGAAAUCAAAAAGUCCCAUACUUGUAAGCUUAGAUCUCAGUCAUAAUUGGUUUACUGAGAAUAUCUUAUGUACAAUCCGUAUUCUUUCCAUGAGAGGUAUGUGGGAAUGGUGAUAAUAAUUUUCAAUUCAUUUAUCGUUUGAAUUAGAUUUCUUUUUCUUCUUUAUUGAUCCAGUGAAAAGUUGGCUCAGACACCGGUUCAUAUCUAGUCAUUCUGUUCUGAAUCGGAUUCUUUGGAAUCCUGAUAUAGUUUCCGUAAGUGUAUGAUAUUCUGGAUCGGGGAUUGAACCUAUUUGAGUAUUCCUUCGACAAAGUUUACUUGCAAGCUGCUAUUUUCUUAGUGAUGGAUUUUUUCCCUAGACUUAUAAAAUUCUGUUUGAUAUUUUUCUUUCCAAAGAUUCCCUAGACUUAAAAUAUUUGAGUAUUUUUAGCUUUUUACAUGGGACUGUUUUUGUGUGAAACGUCUUGAGCUUUCUGUUUUGUUUUGUAAUAUGAACUGAAUGUUGUCUGAACAAAAUAUUUGAAAUUCAAAGUUGUGAUUUCUAGAGAUCAAGUGCCAUUGUUUACGGGUUUCUGCAGAUGGGAACAAAGGCUGGGAACUUCGCACUUACCUGAAAUGGUUUUCGGAGAAAAUUCAUUAUGCCUUUUACACGAGAAAAGUGGUUUUAAGAUUCACUUCAAUGCAUUUGAUGCUCUGGAGGGGUGGAAGCGAGAAUCAUUACCGCCUGUGGAAGUCCCUGCAGCGGCAAAGUGGAAAUUCAGAUGGUAAGACAAUUAACUUGUUACAGGUAGUUUAAUUGUAUAGCCUCACUGUUUACAAGAUAUUUGAUGUGCAUCUAUGGGGUGCUCCUUUGGUUGAGAAAGUCCUUGAUCUUUAUGCUAUAAAAUCGGCCAGCUCUAGAAACAUAUACUAACGAAAGAGCAUGACCUACUCCUGCUUGAUAUUUUGUGUCUACUAUCUAAUCUCAGAGAUUUAUCUCAGAAGAUAAAAUAUUUUUUGCAAUGUCGAUAUUUUUUGCAAUGUCGAUUUUGUUUAUCCGAUCUCCCUUCUGGUUACCAUCAUCCAAAGGUUAUUACAUUCACAGUUAUGGUAAAAAUUGCUGUGAAUCUUCGAUUUAAAUAUGAAGCAGAAUGCGUAGUCAUCUUGGAGCAUCUUAGCUAGUCAUGAUGAAGUUCAUAUUAAUUAUCUUGGUGCCAACACGUUGUACUCCAAUUCGUUAUUUAUGUGUUCUAAUUGCUUGUUGAGCUACUAGGUGGAUCACCGUUGUUCUUGUUAUUGUUUCACAGCAAACCAUCUCAACAAGUGAUAUUAGAUUAUGACUACACAUUCACUACUCCAUAUUGCGGUAGUGAGAAGAUUGAUCAAGGCAUAAAAGUACGUGGUCUCCAUUUCGUCCCCUUUUUCUUUUUCUGACUUUUCCAUAGCAUGUUACAAGCUUUUGACCUACUCUUUUUUCUUAUUUCUGGUCUCAAGGCAAGUUUAUAAAUUCCUUUGUGUACGAGUUGUAUGGAUAAAUUAAAAGCAUAUCAUGAUGAGAAAUAAUUCCAUAGUAGCACGAGCGGCUUAUGCUCUUUUGGUUAAACCCCAAAUCUACUCUAUUCCUCAAGCCUAACUUGAAAAUUUUAUCAGGUUACUGCAACCUGUGCACUACGUUGCUCAAGGUGCUAACCAAAUAUUCUCAUUGAUCCAAGUCUUCCCUGAUAGCUCGUUUACUCUUUCAUCGAAAUAACAAAACAACCUCAAAUUUACAGAUUGUUCGACGAGGCUAGAAAAGAGAUUGAAAUUUUUUUAGAGUUUUAUCAGUCUCGUACAAAAGUUGAAUGCACUUGUGUGCUUGAUGCGAGUGAGAGUAAGAGAGAGAUUCUAAAAUAUUAGACACUAGUCUUCUUGAAUUUUAUUUAUUUUUUGGUUUUGUGUACAAUAUAUUAUGACAAUUGCCAGUGAGUUGCCACACUCAAUCCAAUGAUAUUUUUGGUCGAGUCUAUGUGCUGGAUUCUGUUUUGCACCGGAGGAGUUGACACUUGGAUUUACAUUGUAUAUUUUGCCCUAGUUUCUGGAGCCAAAUUGUCAGCUUUGUGGGUUUUCAAUCACUCUUCAUUUUGUCUGAGUGGCCAACCAUUAGAGUGUUUUUCUGGAUUUCAGUCUUUGUUUCUCUGUUAGGUAUCAAUCACUUCACCAAGAAAGGGUUAGUACAUAUAAGGUGUUGACCUCUAGGUUGUUACAUGUAGUGAUAAAUGCACGUAUGAUAUUUACAUUAAAGUGUAAUUCUUAUUAAAAAUAAAUCCGUGUCAAAACUAUCGAUGGAUGAGGGUUGAGGAUGUGCAGAACCACGUUUAGAUUCAUGUGUGAUAUUACUUGUUGUUUACUCGCGAAGCUACGAGUAUCAUUUAUUACAUGAAAAAUGCUUAUCUGAUGUCAUACAGGCCAUUAGCGUAAACCAGAACUCGCGUAUCGUUUCAUAAUCAAUUUCUAUUAUCUUAGCUCGUACUUUUUAACAGUAUUUGUUCGCUGUUGUGCAUUGAUUACAUACCUUAUAGCAAAGUAGACAUAUUUCUAGGAUUGUUUGUCCGUGAUACAUGAAAAUUUUGGAGAGGGCUAUGCUGAAUGAAUACUUUGUGUUGUUUAUGUGAUUUGAUGAUUUGAACACCUAGUGACUGCCAAGUGUCUUCCUUUUCAGAUACUUUUGAUAUUAUUUCUCCUGGACGAUUUUUAUGUACACACUAAUUUUUUUCUAUUCAAGAUAACAAAAUCUUCAAUCUUUCUUUUUGUAGAUCAGAACUCACUUAAUAAAUAUUAGAGAGGAAAACUUUAUUUCUCAGACUAGAAUAAGAAAUUUUAUAAAUGUUACCUGGACACUUUACUAAUACUCGCCGUAUAACGCAGUCAGUUUCUGAUGAUUCUCAAUGUCAACUAACGUGGGAGGAUUGCAACGAACAGAUAGAUCUGGUUGCAUUGGGAGCAAAAGAACCUAUACUAUUCUAUGAUGAGGUAGGUCUCCAAGUUCUAGAUGCAAGUGGGUGCUGCCUGAAUGUUACUUCUUCACAUGGUUGUUGUUUGCCGAAUCAUUAUUAGGUCGUCUUGUACGAAGAUGAAUUGGCAGAUAACGGAGUUUCACUCUUAACUGUGAAAGUGGUAAUUUUUCUGAAUCUCACGUGGGUUUGUUUGGUAAAUUUACUGGCAUAAAACAUGAAAAAAUUCUAAUAAAUGCCGUAUGUUUGUUUCCUGACAUUGCAGAGAGUAAUGCCAAGCUCUUGGUUUCUUCUACUGCGUUUCUGGGUACGUUAUUCUGCUUCACAGUGCACGUACAUGUCUAUGUUUAUGGGUAUUUAUAUAUUUAUAUAACAUGUAUCAAUGUAUAUGUAUAUUUUAAUUUCACAAAAAUAAGGUGUACUUGCUAAAUGGUCUGCCAUGAUCCAGCUGACCCUCUCUAGUCCAAGAAAUAUUUGCCAAAUCCUUGAAUCGUUUAGAUCUGGCCAUUGAUCUCUUAAGUAAUUACUGAAAGUCCCAUCUUCAGCUGGUGUUUUUCUUAAUUAAUUUAUUCUCUGGUUUUAUCUGUGUUCUCAAUCAAACAUAUUGAUUCUCUUUGGUCAGCAACUUGAAUCUUUAGUAUUUCCUUUUAAUUCCAGCUAAGGGUUGACGGAGUUCUUAUGAGACUGAGGGACACACGGAUGUUUUGUGCCUUCGUUAAUGAGGAUGAUGCCACUCCAACUGUUCUUCGCGAGAACUGCUGGAGAGAAGCAACCUUCCAGGGUCUAUCUCUUGUAAGUGGACAUCGUCCUGCCAGAAGAUUGCUUUCAAUCGACACAUCUGCACUCCUUGUAGCGCUGCAAGUCGUCUAGUUACACUACUCAUUGAAUUGUGAUGUUAUUGUGAUUAAUCUCUUACUUUUCUUUCUCCGUGCAUUGAAUCAUGUUAUGUAGCUUCAUCAUUGCUUUGAAAUUAAAAUACCCAAAUGGCCCAUAGUUUUAGAGCUAUUCAUGGAAAUGAGUACCCAUACUGGCGGCACCAGGUAAGGUAGUAACAGUGCUUUGGCAAGGUCCUCGUCUAUCCAAUCUCACCAGUUGAGCAAUCGACGAAAGAAAAAUGGGCAUUUAUAAUAACAAAUAAACACGACUGAUUAUCACAAGAAAUUAAAUUAUAGACUCGGAUUUCAAUUUGUGAACUUUAUUAUUGAUCAUUAUUAUGUAUUCCUUUGUCUCUUAAGAUAAAUAGAGAUUGUUUCGUGAGAAUCAUAUCAUUUUACUCUUAUUGAUCGACUUAGAUGCGUAUGCCAUGCAUAUUUAUUUUCCUUCCCGUUCUUCAUCUUUUUUAAGUCAACUGCGCUGAUCUUAAUCUUAAAUGCGACAGAAGGGUAUUCCAUCUGAAUGUGUGGCCUACAGCGAUCCAAGUGAGAUCAGCCAGAAGCUCCCGAUCAUCUCUCAUGAGAAGCAAUGCUUGAAGAUAUCCCGGUAA